GUGCAUUAAUUAUUUACGAUCACUUGCAAUAUGAAAAUACUUGCUCUUUCGCAAUUAAAGAAAUAUAUACCAGUUAUACUUCGUUCAAAAGAGUAACUUAAAAAAAUAUGAAUCCUUCAUCAAACCCUGGUUACCCAGAACAACCGGAAUAUCCACCGCAACAGGGUUAUCCACCACAACAAGGUUAUCCACCACAAUCUGCCUAUCCACCACCACAACAAGGUUAUCCACCGACAACGCCACAACCACAACCACAACCAGGCUAUCCUAAUGCUCAAAUACAGCAACCUGGUUAUCCACCAUUACAACAGCAACCUAUGCCACAAUAUGGCGCAGGUGCUCCUACCGUAGCAAUUCAACCUGGAGGGUGGAUGCCAGCUCCUGUUGUGCAACAGGACUGCCCCCCUGGCCUGGAAUAUCUUACACAAAUUGAUCAACUAUUGAUUAAACAGCAAGUGGAGUUGUUGGAAGCAUUCACUUCAUUUGAGACAAACAACAAGUACAAAGUCCAGAAUUCUCUUGGCCAACAAGUAUAUUUUGCAGCUGAAGAUACUGACUGUUGUACACGACAAUGUUGUGGCCCCAGUCGUCCAUUUGACAUCCAAAUAUUUGACAAUAUGCAAAGGGAAGUGAUUCAUCUUACUCGUCCAUUGCGUUGUUCAUCAUGUCUCUUUCCUUGUUGCUUACAAGAGUUGGAAGUUCAGUCACCUCCGGGUAAUGUGAUAGGCUACGUUGUACAAAAAUGGUCGAUUUUCUUCCCAAGAUUUGAAAUCCAGACAGCAACACGUGAAACAAUGCUUCGUAUUGAGGGUCCAUUCUGUCAGUGUAACUUGUGCGGAGAUGUUGAAUACAGGGUCCUCUCUCCUGAUGGUGUCAAUCAAGUUGGGAAAAUUUCAAAGCAAUGGAGUGGACUCAUCAAAGAGGCAUUUACCGAUGCAGACAAUUUUGGAAUCACAUUUCCUAUGGAUCUUGAUGUCAAGAUGAAAGCCACAAUGUUGGGCGCUGCAUUUUUGAUUGAUUUCAUGUUCUUUGAAGAAUCACAAAACAACAACGAUAAUCACUACUAGGAAGUUUUAUUUCGUAUAUACUGACAGCUUCCGACUCAUGCAAAAUUUAAAGAUAGUUUUCAGUAAAUUUUAUUUUACAAAUUUUAGUUUUGCAGAAGUAAAUGAGAUAUAGAAUAGUUGUUUAAUUUCAGGCUUUUAGUGUAAUAGCGACAAGAAAUUCAGAUAUGUAUUAUAUAUGGACUAUAUAGACUAUUGAUCGAUCAGACUUAUAAAAUUUGGUAAUGUUUGUGUUAAAAUUUUGUUAAUUACCUGCGUCUCGCGCAGUUAAAUUUCAUUACCUACGUAUAUGUUAAACAUAAUUUUAUUACAUACAGU